AGGGGCAUUGAAGUAAAAUUUUGACAGAAAACACAUCUUCUGCAAGAGGUAUAAAGCUGCGUAUUUUUUCAUCUUUUCCCUCCCAGUCAUCAUCUCUUUUUAGUAAUCACACACCCACUUUUGCUACAUCAGUCAUGAUGCAUAAAUACGUUCUCAUUGUAUUUUCUGUACUUUUGCUCAUUUCGUUUACCCACUGUGAGCCAAUUCCCUUCAGAGGUGGAAGUGUCGAGCAUAAAACAUUGACUGCUGAAGAAGUAGCUAGUCAUAAAAAGGCGGAAGAGGAAGCAAUGAUUGAAGCAGUAAGCAAAGAAGGCGAAGCAAGCGCAAAACAUAAAGCAUCAAGUAGAUUUAGUGUUGAUCGUUCAUAUUAUUUGGCUAACAAAGUUGAAGAACGUAAUUAUGCAAAUCGCCAUCGUAAAAAUGUUAAAGAGCUUGCAAAGAUACCUGAUGGAGGUCAUGUUCAAUUAAGAAAGAGCGAAAGCGGUAAUCGCUCUAGGUACAAGGUUGUCAAAGCACCAGCUUCGUCUUCCAUUCCAGGCUCUACUUCAUAA